AUGGUGUGUAUGUUUCACAGUGAACCCGUGUCAAUCCGUACCAAUCCCGUGCUUUAUCGUCUCAUCACCUGCCUAAAACCACCAACAUGUGCUGUGACUGACUCCGGUGUCUGCUCACAGGGGCGCGUGAGAACCAAGACCGUGAAGAAAGCCGCUCGGGUGGUCAUCGAGAAGUACUACACCCGCCUGGGCAACGACUUCCACAUCAACAAGAGAGUGUGCGAGGAGAUCGCCAUCAUCCCCAGCAAACCGCUGCGCAACAAGAUCGCGGGGUAUGUGACCCAUCUGAUGAAGCGCAUCCAGAGGGGUCCUGUCAGAGGCAUCUCCAUCAAACUGCAGGAGGAGGAGAGAGAGAGACGGGAUAACUACGUCCCAGAGGUCUCUGCUUUGGAUCAGGAGAUUAUCGAGGUUGAUCCAGAUACAAAGGAAAUGCUGAAGACUUUCGACUUUGGCAACAUCUCCAACUUGCAGGUCACCCAGCCAAGUAUUGGAAUGAACUUUAAAACACCCAGAUGAGUCCAGAGGUGUAAUUUAUCAGAAUUCAAUAAAGACUGCAAAAAAAAAAAAA